AUGCCGUGGCACAGCUUGAUGGACGAGGACAGAAGCAGCCAGAUGCUGACAGAAGUGUUUGAGUGGGCUCUGGACGGGAACACCAUAGCUCUGGAGAAACACCCAAAGCAACUGGCCGUGCGAGACGAUUCAGGUGCCAGUCCGCUGCACUACGCUGUGUCCAGGGGCCACCUCCGUGCCAUCAAACUCAUCGUGCAGGUUGCUGGACUGCUGGAGCUGAAUGCAGUGGAUGAAGAAGGAAACACUCCACUGCACUGGGCAGUACAGAAGGACCAGCGGGGAAGCUGCUCGACCCUCCUCGGUCUGGGCGCUGACCCCAACAUUCUCAACAAAUGCCUCCUGUCCCCUCUGCAUCUGGCUGUUAGCCUCAGACACAAUGGCCUGGUGGCGGAGCUGCUCUUUCACAGCCUGACGGAUCCUAACCUGGAGGGGGAUCUGGGGAACACACCUUUAAUCCUGGCUGCUUCACUGGACAACCACGAGGCGUUGUGUACACUGUACAGGAACGGAGCAAAAUUAUGCCGGCAAAACAAGCUGGGUCACUUUGCUAUUCACGCGGCUGCCUUUGCUGGAGCGAAGAAAUCCAUGGAAGCCAUUCUUCAAAAAGGAGAGGAGGCUGGCAUGUCCAUUGAAGCCCACAUAAACUGUUUGGACAGGUCCAUCAGCAGCCCUCUUCACCUGGCUGUACGUGGGGGAAACCUCGAAGUCAUUGAACUCUGCAUUGCCCAUGGAGCCAAAAUUGACCAGCAACAGUGUGAUAAAUCCACCGCGCUCCAUUUUGCCUGCACUCAGGGAGCGAUUGAAGCAGUUAAGGUCAUGCUCAAUGCCUACGACAGAGUGUGUGACAUCAUUAACAUCACUGAUGGAGCCUGCCAAACACCACUUCACAAGGCAGCUAUUUUUGACCACUGUGAGCUGGCUGAGUAUAUUAUCUCACAGGGUGCAGACAUCGACUUCAUUGACUGCAAAGGCCAUUCACCUCUGCUGUUGGCUACCAGCUGUGGAGCUUGGAGAACCGUUAACCUGCUUCUGUCACAUGGCGCUGAUCUAAAAGUAAAAGACAAAGCUGGCUGUAACUUCUUGCAUCUGGCCAUCUUGCAGCCCAGAGGGUUGAAGAACCUGCCCCCAGAAGUGCUGCAGCAUGAGAGUGUGAGAGAGCUACUGAAUGAUGAAGACUCAGAGGGCUGCACUCCUUUACACUACGCCUGCAGGCUUGGGAUACCUGACUCAGUGAAGAACAUGCUCGGACUGGAGGUUUCUCUGGACCAGAAGUCCAAGCAGAAGAAGUCUGCCUUACACUUUGCAGCUGAGUACGGCAGGAUCAACACAUGUCAUCGGCUGCUGGAGACCAUGACCGACACGAGGCUGCUGAACGAGGGAGACAAGAAGGGAAUGACACCAUUGCACUUGGCCUCUCGCUGCGGACACGUCAAGGUGGUGGAGCUUCUCCUCCGCAAAGGGGCUCUGUUCCACAGUGAUUAUAAAGGAUGGUCGUGUUUGCACCAUGCUGCAGCUGAGGGCUUCACCCAGACCAUGGAGACUUUACUCAUAUCCAACAUCAAACUGCUGGACAAAACCGAUGGAGAUGGGAACACGGCGCUGCACCUUGCUGCACGGGCAGGUCAUGUGGCAGCCACACGCCUACUGCUGUGCCGGGGGGCUCAGAUCAUCCUGAACAAGGGGGAGGCCUCCUUCAUGCAUGAGGCUGUCCAGAAUGGGAGGAAAGAGGUGACCAUUGCUGUAAUCGACAGUGAUAGGUGUGAGGAGGUCAUUACAACGUUUAAGCUGAACUCAGCAAAACGCUGCAUUGUUAUGGACAUGAUAGAAUUUCUUCCAGAAUCUUUCAAGCAUCUUCUGGACACCUGCAUCAAAGAGUCUGAUGAAGAUGUGAACUCUUGCAACUACUAUGUGGAGUAUAAUUUCCAGUGGCUUCAACAGCCAGAGCAGUACGCCAAGAAGACAGAGAACUCAGAGAAGGAGGACAACUACAAACCUCUGGCUGCACUCAAUGCUAUGGUGGAAUUUAAUCGUGUCGAGUUGCUGACCCAUCCGGUAUGCAAGAAAUACUUGGAAAUGAAGUGGAAUGCGUAUGGUGUGAAAGCUCACCUGCUCAAUAUGACUGUGUAUGCGCUGGGGGUUUUCCCCCUGACCUACCUGAUUGUGUACCUGCAGCCCAAACUGAGAGCGGAGAGGAACGUGACAACGAUCCACAUGGUCACCAAAUCUCUCGACAGGCAAUGCUAUUUUAUCACCACCUGCAUGUUUCUGGUCCUUGCGAUGAACAUGUAUGCAGUUGGCAAAGAGGUGGUGCAAAUGUUCCAGCAGCGUCUAAAGUAUCUGCAGGACGUAUCCAAUCUGAUGGACUGGGCGGCUGCGAUUUGCUCUCUGCUGUUCGUCCUCCCUCUGCUGCUGGAUGUGAAGAGCUCAUGGCACUGGCAGGCUGGAGCUCUGGCUGCUCUCAUCUCCUGGUUCAACCUCCUGCUCUACCUGCAGCGGUUUGAAAGGUUUGGAAUAUACGUGGUGAUGUUCCGGGAGAUUUGCAGGACGUUGCUGAGCAUCAUUGUGUUGUUCGUCUAUCUGAUCCUGGCCUUCGCCUUGGCUUUCUAUGCUCUGAUGAUUGAACAGAGGCAUUUUGGUAGGAUGUUCCUGUCGCUGAUGCAGACCUUUGUCAUGAUGGUGGGAGAGAUCAACUACCAGGAUAACUUCCUGAAACCCUACAUGGUCGCUAAACUGCCUUUUCCCGUGCUGACAUAUGGAAUCUUUGUGUUUUUUGUCCUGCUUGUGCCAAUACUGCUCAUGAACCUGCUGAUCGGUCUGGCUGUUGGGGAUAUUGCAGAAGUGCAGACCAAUGCUUGCUUAAAGCAGAUUGGAAUGCAGAUCGAGCUUCACACAAAUCUGGAGGAGCGUUUGCCACACUGGUUUAUGAAAAGGGUGGACCAAGCCUCGGUCAAAGAGUUUCCUAACAAAUCCUGCAAGAGCAAGAGAUGGUUCUUCUGCGGGCGUGAGGUUAAAAAGGUGACCCCCCGACUGAGUCCGACCCCGCGUCAGUCAACACCAAUGGAGCGCGAGCUCGCCAAACAGAAAUACAGGUUGAAGGAGAUUUCGGAGUUCAUGGAGAAACAGCACAACCUGCUGAAGCUUGUUGUACAGAAGAUGGAGAUCAGCUCGGAGGCUGAGGACAACGACGGCCCGCCGGUCUUCCAGGAGUUCAAACAGAAACUCCUCGCCAGGAGCAGGUGGGGUCCACUGCUCAGGGCAGUCACAGCGAGGAAGAAGUGA